AAUUCACUUUUGUCAAUAAAGGCUCCUCCUUUCAAGGCCUUUUCAAAUUUUAUGGCCUCUUUGAGUUUGAAUAAAAAAUAUCAGUUUGCCUUCAGCUCAGACCAACAAGUAAAUGAUAAAAUCAUUCAAGAUAAAAGAAAUCAACUCAAAGAUUCAUAUUCAGAGUUUAUGGAGAAUGUGGAUCGCUAUGAAGCAGAAAAUCGUGUUGUUUCUUCUAAUCCCUCUGAUGAGCCUGAAGAAAUGAUCGUUGAGAUUCCAGAAGAAAGUAAUGAUGGAGACUUUGGUGAAACUUCUGAUUCUGAAAUAGUAAAAUCUGAUUCUCGUGACUGGCACAGACAAAGACAGGAGCGUAUGUACGAUUUAAUCUAUAAGACAUACCUUAAUGGGAAGAGAUUUGAAGUAAUCAAAUCAAGGUCAAAACCUGAACUGCAGUUGUUUGUGAAGGGAAUGUUUAAUGACUUUUAUGAAUUGAUGGAUAGAACACAUAUCCCUAGACGGUUAGAGCUCGAUCAGUGGAAUAUGCUUGACUUUAAUCAAGCUCAAUGGGAUUGUGCAGAGCUUUGUGAAGCGAAACAUGCUGAAACGACGAGAUUCAUGCCUUCAUGGGGUCAAAUGAUGGAGAGGCAAGAGCUUAGUGACAUUCUUGAGGAGGUUAUUGAGGCAACUACUAUCAAUUCAUCAAAAUUCAUGGACACUUCUUUGAUGAUUUUCAGUCUCAAAAAUAACGAUCCAACAAAUAGUGAAGCGUUUGCAACGUUUAAACCAAAAGUAUUUUUCAUUAAUAAACCAUCUGAGGUUUGAGUAUUUAAUAAUCAAUACCUAAAAAUGAUAAUAUAACUACUAAUUCAUGAACUGCGACUUGAUAAUUAUAAGACUUCUAUUAAGCGAGCUAGUGGUUCAGACGGAUCAGUAGAGUCAACUAAACAAAUUACCAUUAAAUUAAACUCUCAUCAUGAAGAUUAAAAGUAGGAAUAGC